UCUACUUACAAAGCCCUUUCAUUUGGUACCCCACAUGGUGUCAUGGAAUUAUUAAAAGAAAAAGUAAAAACUGUGUUCCAAAAUUCCUGAACUAACAUAUAUUAUAACUCUUUGUCUAGUUUUUGAAGUUAAAUCCAUAUGGUGGUCAUUUAGAUUUUAGGACUGUUUGCAAUAUCAAAAUUGCUUGUCAGUCAUUAAUUUUAUAGUAGCUUUAGUUAACAACAAUUUUAUAAUAGACUUCGUCCAUAAUUUUAUACCAAAGUCCACUUCUGGUGCUACUGUUUCUAAUAACUUUUACAUAUUUAAUCGCUUAUUUAUGUUCAUAAUAUAUGAAUCAUUAACAAAGAGGACUUUUAACUACGAUGCCUAUGAAUAAAAUCUGUUCGUUUCAUGAUAGAAAAUGACAAAGCAUCUGCUUUGUAUCUUAAUAUUCUCUAAACCCUUACUUACUGAAUGUUGACGGUUUGACGCCCGGCAACGGAAUGACCUGUCUAGAAUGGUCGGCCAUCUUUAUACCUUGACCACUCCCCCUACUGUGCAAGUGUGAGUGAGAUGGAAAAAAUCAUAAUAAUGGCGAUGAUGCACUAUUCGACUGUUCUUUAAAUGCAUGCCCCUAUUGUUGUACAGUCAGCAUCAAAAGUAGCGGAUGAAACAACGCGCCAAAAGUAUCUGAUAUUCCGGAUAACUUUUCGAAAUAUAGAUAAAUUUCUAAAAUUCGCGCUCAAAAGUAUAUCUUUUACAGUCUUAGUUGUUCUAUAUUAAAGACAUCACUUUUUGUUAAGCUGUUACAGAAUGGUAGAUACUUAUGAAACGUUAUUUGAUCCGCUACUUUUGAUGCUGACUGUACCUAAUUGUAAUUAUUUACUAUUCCAGAACAGUCAAACGCAAUCCUAUCUCGCAAACAUGUAAAAUAUCAAAAUAAUAAAGUGUGGCCACUCUUUGCUACAUAGUACUAAUUGAUCGGCACGUUAUCUUUUCACUGAUUAUCGAAGUAAUAUUUUUGUAUUAAUUAGUAUCAAAAAGAGUCAAGUAAAAAAUACUGCACAUUCACUUACACGUAAGGAAUCAAAAUGUAUUACCAAAGAUACUUGAGGAAAAUGAGCCGUGUGCUUUUCAAGUUAGUUUCACUGUCCAAAGCAUGUAUUUUGUUGUCAGAAAGAGAUUAAUAAAAGCGAUGAUCAAAAUUGAGAAUACAGGAACUUUCAGUGUGUCCUGAGCAUGUCUUGGUAUGGUGUUUAAAGAAAACCUUAUUUACAGUUGCAUUGGUCUUCACUUUUGGUGCCACGCUCAUGCCCAAUGUCACUGAUGACUCAGUUAUUGAGCACUGGAAAUAUGACCGUGAAAGCCGUCGAAAAAUUCUUCAUGAAAAACUUUCCAAAGCCUUGGCUGAAGAGGAUGCUAAGCGUGAAAAACCAUGUACACCGGCCAACUGGUCUCUGGAAAAUUUUAUAGAAAGAUAUUUGUCCGAAACACACCAUCAGUCUCUGUACAGGCCACCCGAUAACAGGACUAUCGAGAACCUAAUAGAAAAUAAUGAUCAGGCGCUCUUCCGUUCCUACGUCUUUGAAGAUUAUUUCAAAAAAUAUGACAUAAAUGAAGAUAAGAAACUUGAAAAAAACGUCAUUAAAACUCCAGAAGAUUGGACGUUUACAGACUUCAUAGAAAAGUAUGAAGCAACGACGGUAUGGGAACAGAUCAAUCAAGAAGCGCUGAUCGUUGGACGCAACGAUACACAUGAUAAAAAAUUCUUCUCAUUAUCGAAAGGUUUGGACUCGACGGACGAGCUGCUAGGUCUCGAAGUUCCGCUUAGCGGUCGCCGGUGGUGGAAUAAUCAGUGGCCACAACCGCAGGUUCCGUACGACAACGCACUGAAGCAAGGCGACCUUCAAACAGUCAUUUACAUGAUGAGACAAGCCAUUUACUUCGCUAGGAAUAGAAUGAAGGCCAUGCAACAACUAAGAGAGGAAUAUAGGACGACAGCGUUGUACAAGAUGGGAUACCUUUUUGCGAAAACUGAUUACGCGUGUAAAAUUUUCUCUUCUCUUGCAUUCAAAGCAUUCAGAGAUUGCUCGAUGACGAAAAUGAAAAUAUUCGGUUUUGAUCGUGUAUUCAAAAACUAUAUGGAUCAAGCGUACAAUAUUGAGCGGUUGAUAGUAAAGUGGUUUGAUGUGGAUAUAGUUAAAGACUUACUGACAUCUAACGAUCUGAUAGCUCGGAGAAUUCUGCUAAAAGACAAGAAUCUAACUUCUCCUGAGAUGGUUGUUCAGGCUUUUGACGAAAUGUUUAUCGACUGAGCUGGUCUAUCCUCUAGCCCCCUAGACAUCAAAACUUGUCAAGACAAAUGCAAUUAUAGUCGUCAAAAUUUUUAAAUAGAACUGACCGAGAACCUUUUAAAAAAAAGUAAACAAAAAUAUUAAUAAAAUUAAUUGAUUUUUAUAGGUCUCUGGGUGGUUAGAAGCUAUGGUUAUUAGGAUUUUGCAAAUUAUGUAACUUUUGUUAAAUUUCUCACCAUAACUGAAUUAUAAAAUUGUAUUAUUUCUACAGACCAGUAGGGCUAAGAUAGUCGGCUCUUUAUCAUGUGACCGCAUAAUCUUCACACACCUUUAAAAAUUAAAAAUUAAAAUUAAAAAUUCUUUAUUUCAGAUCACAAAGCGAUCCAUAUUUUGUUAGUACCAUUUAUAUAGUCCAAGUAUAUAGGCCAAGUCUCAAUAUAUUUAUAUAAAACAUUAAAGAAUUUUAAUAUUGAUAUGCGUCACUAUAAGAUGCUGUUAAUUAUUACGUAACAACUUAAUGCUUCGAGUACGGAGAUUCCAGACACAAUUGAUUUUCAAUUGUUAUGGACCACGAUCGUGGUCUUAGAGACUGGACGUAUUAAGACAGAAAGUCGCUUAAGUAGAGACUGAAUAAAUUAAUAACCGACUUGGUAACAUGGAUCUCACAACUUUUUACCGCAGAACAACUGAGUUGCGAGACUUGGUUUUUUUGACAAGUAUUGUUUUUGAUGGGAUCUCAUUUCUUUUUGUAUUUUGUAGACAGUUCUACUUUUUUCCUUAUAAAUACUUAGGUACUUAAAGUAUCAAUAUUUAAUUUAAAUUAUUUAUCCGAACAACGUCCAAAUUGUAAGCAAAUAAUAUCAGUAAACCAAUGAGAGUAGCCUUUAGUCGUCAAACUAAUAUAGCAAUCGAAAUUAUCAAUGAAAAUCGCAAACUUAUAGGUAAGAAUUCUGGGCACAUCCGAGCAUUGGGUCGCUCGCGCGUAUGAGCGCGGCUGCUGCUCGCUCGGCGACAUUCACCUUUCCGCGCGCCCCGCCACUGUCCCCGCCCCGCCCCUCGCGCUAGCACCGCGCAGCGCGUAGUAACGGCCCGCGCUCACUCGCUAGCAUCGCAGCGCGUGGUAUAUAAUAAUUAAUUUACAACCUUACGCACUCGUAAUAAGUACGAAUACGCACGUAGGUACGUUUUUCGCAUUAAAUAAUUUAAUUUACACGUGUUUUCAUGACGGGAAUACCCAUUUUUUGCUCGAUUUGGCAGGGGCAAUACCAUGCGCCUAUAUUUAUAUGGGACUAGCUUAAACCCGCGGCUUCGCACGCAAUAAUAAUAACUGCCGUAAAACAUAAAUAAAACAUCGUUACGAAUAAAGCCAAUAUUGAAAAAUUUUACUGAAGACUUGGCUGUAUGGGCUUAAUUUUCUUUGCGGUCUUUUCUAGAUUUUUUAGUUUUUCCUUGAUUCAUACACCAAACACUACUUAUAUUCCAAAUUUGAAGCUUCUAGGUCUGCUAGAAGUGCCUUAGAAUUUUGAUGAUCGGUGAGUCAGUGAGUGACAAAAUUAAGAAAUUUGACCCGUUAUAAUUCUUAAAAUACUGGUUCAAAUUGAAUGAAAUUUGAAAUGUGCCGUGUCUUUACAAUGCCUGCAUGGUUACUGAAAAUUUCAGUCUUCUAGUUUUAUCCACAACGAAGUUACAGGGGGUCGAAAAUGGUCUGAAUUGCUUCGAGAAAAGGAUGGUACGGCCGUGCUUUUUUGCUCGACUUGGUGGGGGCACUGCCGUGCCCCCAGAUAAGCGCGGUGAGGUGAGUCCACCCUGCCGCACCCCGCACUCCAACCUGUACACGUCCGAGUGCACGCCCGUCCAUCUCACCUGGUUGGUUUGAUGUCCGUACCAAUACCGACACAGGUUAAUCACCUCCCUCGGAAUUAUGCUAUUAUUUGACACU